AUGGACUCGCGAAUGGAAUCUAUGAUGGUGGCUCGACUAGUCGGAGGGCUGGUCAACAGCGAGAGAGGAGCUGUGAACUGUGGACGGCAUGGCUCCAGCUCACGAACCGAAGCUGCGGCGGAGGCGUGGAGGAGUUGGUUCACCGGAAAUCAUGCAUGUGAAGAGCUUCGCCGGCGGCUUGAGGAGCUGGAGCCCCUUAUCACCACAAUUAGCAGCAUCGUGAGGCCUUUAACACCAUCUCUGAAGCCACGUUCCAGCCACCUUGAGCCUGGCCAGCCGAGAAAAUCACACAUGAUCCAAAACCAUAUUGCUCCCAAGAGACUUCAAGAUCGGCUCAAGACCAACAUGGUCCAUAUUCUCGGAAUACGGAGGUAUCAUUUCUACUUCAACAACUACAGUUACAUAUUAUUGCUACGAAGAUUCUUUUUAAAGGAGGAAAAGAGACAGGAGACGAGCAAAAAUAAAUAA